CAAGCAUCAAACAGCAGAACCAUGACCAGCAAUUUUUCCCAACCUGUUGUGCAGCUUUGCUAUGAGAAUGUGAACAGAUCUUGUCUGAAAACUUCUUAUUCACCUGGGUCUUGGGCAAUUCUGUAUACAGUGUUUGGCUUUGGGUCUUUGCUGGCUGUAUUUGGAAACCUCUUGGUGAUUGCUUCAGUUCUUCAUUUCAAGCAGCUGCACUCCCCAACCAAUUUUCUCAUCGCCUCUCUGGCCUGUGCUGACUUUUUAGUGGGUGUGACCGUGAUGCCCUUCAGCAUGGUCAGGUCCGUGGAGAGCUGCUGGUACUUUGGAGCCAAAUUUUGUGCCCUUCACAGUUGCUGUGAUGUGACAUUUUGUUACUCCUCUCUCUUCCACUUGUGCUUCAUCUCCAUCGACAGGUACAUUGCUGUUACUGACCCUCUGGUCUAUCCUACCAAGUUCACGGUGUCGGUGUCAGGAAUUUGCAUCAGCAUCUCCUGGAUCCUGCCCGUCGUGUACAGCGGUGCUGUGUUCUACACAGGUGCCAGUGACGAUGGGCUGGAGGACUUAGUAAGUGCUCUCAGCUGUGUAGGUGGUUGUCAAAUUGUUGUCAAUCAAGACUGGGUUUUGAUACAUUUUCUGUUAUUCCUCAUCCCUACCCUUGUCAUGAUAACUCUUUACAGUAAGAUUUUUCUUAUAGCAAAACAACAAGCUAUAAAAAUUGAAGCUACCAGUAGCAAAGCAGAAUCAUCCUCAGAGAGUUACAAAGCCAGAGUGGCCAAGAGGGAGAGAAAAGCAGCUAAAACUCUGGGGGUCACAGUGGUAGCAUUUAUGAUUUCAUGGUUACCAUAUAUAAUUGAGACACUAAUUGAUGCUUUUAUGGGCUUCAUAAUCCCUGCCUAUAUCUAUGAAAUUUGUUGUUGGUGUGCUUAUUAUAACUCAGCCAUGAAUCCUUUGAUUUAUGCUUUAUUUUAUCCUUGGUUUAGGAAAGCCAUAAAACUUAUUUUAAGUGGGGAAGUUUUAAAGGAUAACUCAUCAACCAUUAGUUUAUUUGCAGAAUAAGUGUUAGCGCUAAGUUGAGAAAAUGAAGGAUAUUU